AUGUGGUUAUUAUAUUUGGUACUCGGGCUAAUUUCUCCCGUCUCCACUUUGCCUUUGACCAAAAACCACAAGCUCUUCAACGAAUCGCCGACUAUUCGAUUGACCGCCCAAAAUUUCGCACAGAAAGUCAACUCCUCACCGAAUCCUUGGAUAAUUGUUAUCUAUAGCGAAUCAAGUGAAUCAUGCGAACGCUAUUCAAAAGUAGGAUGGCCGAGGCUGGUCAAGGCUAUUGGGAAGUGGGAAGACAAAUUUUCGGCGAUAUUCGGAAAAAAUCGGAUGGGCGCAAUCGAAGAAGGUGAGGGACUUUUUGCGACAAAUGAGUACGAUUUUCCGAUCAUCAAGAUUUUCCCUCCGAACUCGAGUGGAGUACCGUUGAGCAAGAAAAUCAACUGGUACAGCCCCGAUGCAAUGCUCGAGAUUUUGUUGGCCAUUCAUAAAAUCAGUAAAGAAGAGGUUUUGCCAAAAACAUCGCAAGAAUGGACCACGCGAGUCGACAAAAUUUGGAACAAUUGGCAAAAAGAGUUGGCUUUGGCCAAUGAGGGAGAAAAAGUCGUUCUGGAGACUUACACGCAAAUCAUCAGCACAGUCACAACUACAAGAGUCGAGAAUCCUUUCCGUUUGCUUUAUUGCCAUCAAUUCAUUCCAGUAAAUCCCUUCCACUGCACUCCAGGAGAUUUCCUUACAAUUCUGAAUCUUCAAACUUUUCUGAUCUUCACUCAGAAAAGCUCUGAUCUCAUCCCGUUUUUUUCGCUGAUUUCUAGCCAAAAUCAAUUGACAACGAUCGAGAAUUUGAGGCUGAAAAUUGUCGAGAACGAAUUUAUCAACAAUGUAACGACUCGUUUCCAACUCAAAGCU